AAUCAUAUUUUGCAACAACAUAUAUUCGAACGAGUGAGGGCCGAUAUGAAGUUCACUUGCCAUUUAGAAGUUUGUUAAAAGGUGAGACUGCUCCGAUAUUCCAAAAUACAGACUAUGUUGCCCUAAAAAGACUGAAACAGCUUGAAUCUUCUUUUAAAUAUCGACCUCAAUUUGCGACAGCUUACAAAGCCUUUAUGUCUGAGUACGAACAUUUGGGCCAUAUGGAAAAGGUGGGACGAUAUCCUCAAGAUUUACCACCGAAUAUAUACUUCUUGCCUCACCAUGGUGUUUUGCGCGAAAGCAGUACCACUACUAAAUUAAGAGUCGUUUUCGAUGGUAGCAGCAGAGUUCCACCACAGCCAUCUCUGAAUGAUGAACUCGCUAGUGGACCCCCACUGCAAAACGACCUGCCCACUAUUAUCAUUCGAUGGCGACGUUUUAAAAUUUCGUUUACAGCCGACUUGGAAAAAAUGUUUAGGCAGAUAAAUGUAUGCAACGACCAUCAGCUGUACCAGUGUAUUCUAUGGCGUGACCCCAACACCAAUGACCUGAAUAUUUACAAAUUGAAAACAGUAACUUAUGGUACGACCUCCGCUCCGUUUUUGGCAAUAAGAGUUUUGAAACAAAUAGCAGAAGAUGGCAGAUCAGAAUUUCCUUUAGCGUGUAAAGUGAUAGAAUCGGAUACAUACGUGGACGAUGUUAUAUCUGGAUGUGACAGCGUUACGGAAGCAAUUAAAUUGGCGCAUGAGCUUGUCCUCUUGUUGGCGAAAUCUGGUUUUACCCUUAGGAAGUGGAGCUCAAAUUCUACCGAACUAUUAAAUUCUGCAAGAUUAUUUGAUCCACUUGGCUGGUUGGCCCCUACAACCAUAAUGGCGAAAAUCAUGUUUCAAACUCUAUGGCGAGAAGGUUUGGAUUGGACAGAUCCUUUGCCAGCGAAUUUGCACAAUGAGUGGUCUAAAUAUCGAACUGCAUUAAAGGACAUUGAGAAGUUAUCGCUGCCUAGAUGGUUUAAAAGCAAAUCGACAUCCUCUACUGAUCUUCAUGCAUUCUGUGACGCGUCCAAGCUAGCUUUUGCCGCAGUUGUCUACAUAAGAGUUGUGAAGGAAGAUGGAAAAGUACACGUAAGUCUAAUACAAUCAAAAACAAAAGUAGCCCCUCUGAAAGUACAAACCAUACCAAAACUUGAGUUGUGUGCCGCUGUUUUGUGUGCAAGGUUGGUCACCAGGGUAAAAUCAUGCAUUGGGCUCAAAGUAGAUAAUGUGAUGUUGUGGUCGGAUAGUACCACGGUGCUGAACUGGAUCAAAACACAAUCUUCUCAGCUCCCAGUAUAUGAGGCAAAUCGGGUUUCUCAAAUACAACGCUUGACAAAUAUUUCUGAGUGGCGAUAUGUAUCUUCAUCUGACAAUCCAGCAGACUGCGCAACCAGAGGCUUAUUACCAGAGGAUUUAAAAACUCAUACCAUUUGGUGGCAUGGGCCACACUGGCUACAUGAAGACUCAACUGCCUGGCCUGUUUGUAAGCUCAGAAAUACCGUGCAUCCGGCUGCGAGUAAACCAAUCAUCUAUUCAUUCACCACGAGUACAGCCACCAAGCUGAAGACGUCGGAUUAUCCGGACUACUUUUCAAAAUACUCAUCAUUCAACAGACUGCAACGGGUAACUGCGUAUAUUCUUCGAUUUUACAACAAUUUGAAAGCGUCUAUCUCAAAAGAUUCCAUUCAAAAACAUCAUAAACUGAUUGGUUGUCUCCAGACAACAGAAUUGAAAAGUUCAAGAUUGCGGUUAGUCAAGAUUUGCCAACGCAUUUCCUUCAAAGAUGACAUAACUUGCCUUCAAAACAAACUUCCUUUAGCAUGCAACAGCCGAGUACUAAAACUGCAACCAUUCUUGGAUGAUGAAGGCGUUCUUCGAGUUGGAGGAAGAAUUAAGCACGCAGAUUUAUCGUUUGGGAAAAAACACCCUAUUUUAUUAACAAAAACUGAUCCUAUUUCCUACCUUAUAUUUGCAGAAGCUCAUUCUAAAACAUUACAUGGUGGAGUGCAGCUGAUGCAAUCAUACGUCAUGACUCACUACUGGAUCCUUUCAGCACGGAACUUAGCAAAAUCUGUGAAGCGAAACUGCGUGACUUGUUUCAAAUAUUCUGCUAAAGCCGCUACUCAAAUCAUGGGAAAUCUACCACAAGUGCGACUCAAUCCUGCAAGGCCCUUCAAACAUAGUGGUCUAGACUAUGCUGGCCCUAUAAAUAUGAAGCAAAAUACACUCAGACGAAGCACCACAACCAAAGGGUACAUAUGCUUAUUCGUUUGCAUGUGUACCAAAGCUGUUCAUCUUGAGGUUGUUUCUAGCUUAACCACUGAUGAUUUUCUGGCUGCAUUUAAGAGGUUCACUUCUCGCCGAGGACCUUGUACUGAUUUGUACUCGGAUUGUGGCACAACAUUCAUCGGAGCGUCCAAAGAACUACAGAUUUUGUACCAUAGAUCCAAAGCUUCAUUACCUGAACAUUUGGUAGAAGGCCUCAACAACAGUGGUACCCAAUGGCAUUUUAUACCUCCUGCUUCCCCUCAUUUUGGUGGUCUAUGGGAAGCGGGUGUGAAGUCUACGAAGCAUCAUCUUCGUCGUAUUAUGAAAGACCGGACUCUCACAUACGAGGAACUUUCAACCCUAUUGUGCCAAGUCGAAAGCUGUUUAAAUUCCAGGCCUCUUUGCCCGCUCUCAACUGAUCCCUCAGACUUCAGCGUUUUGACACCGGCCCAUUUCUUAGUUGGCGAGCCUACAACUUGUAUACCAGAAGACGACUUGCUAGACUCAAACAUCAAUCGGCUAACACAUUGGAAACAGAUUGAGAAACUUAAGCAACAUUUUUGGCAACGCUGGUCCCAAGAGUAUCUUUGCCGAUUGCAGUCAAGACCAAAAUGGAAUUGCCUAAAACGAGAGGCCCAAAUCGGUGAUAUUGUACUGCUACUUCAUGAACGCAGUACCCCAGGACAUUGGCCAUUGGCUCGAGUAGAAGAAAUACAUCCUGGCUCUGACGGGCACUGUCGAGUUGUGACCUUGUAUUGCAAUGGAAAAUUCAUAAAGCGUCCAAUUGCAAAAAUUUGUUUUCUCCCAUCCAACGAUGCAUCAUCAGUCACUUUAAAUGCUUUGGAAGAAAGAAAUACUUGAAGUACGGUUUAAGAACUAAUGUUCUUAGUGGGGGAGAAUGUAUUGGCUUUUUUACUUUAAACCUAUUUUAGCGUUUUUUAUUUUAUAACUUUAAUCUCAUCACUGAUACUUGCCUUAAUAUAAUUGUCUCUUUCUUACAGUAUUUUUAAGUAACAUUAACUUUGCUCUCACUUAACAAAACCCUGUAACUUACAUUUAUACAAGAGAGAGUUGUUGUCAACUAAGCCUCAAGCAAAGCAGAUCGCUACAGCGAAACAUUAAUUUGUGUCUUGUCAUUCGUUUUUUUUUUUUUAAUGUU